AUGAGGGAUGGGGAGAUGAGGGAUGAGGAGAUGAGGGAUGGGGAGGUGUGGGAUGGGGAGGAGAGGGCUGGGGAGGAGAGGGAUGGGGAGGUGAGGGAUGAGGAGAUGAGGGAUGGGGAGAUGAGGGAAGGGGAGAUGAGGAAUGGGGAGAUGAGGGAAGGAGAGAUGAGGAAUGGGGAGAUGAGGGAAGGGGUAAUGAAUGAACGUAGAAGCGAUGGUGAAGAGGGGGAACGUGAUGGGCAGGGGAGUGAUGACGACGUGGAGAGAGGAGGAGAGAAGGGAGGUCGGCGGGAAGGCUAA